AUGAAAUUCGCCUCUUACCUCCUCGGAGCCUUGGUCGUUGCCGUCUCCGCAGUCUAUGCUCAGGAUGCCCAGAAAUAUUCGUAUUGCGUGAACGAUGUGUGCGCAAGUGAACCUGUGGACUGCUCCGAUCUUGGGACUAGCUUUGAGUCUGCUCAGGUUACUAAUGAGGAUGACGAGCAAUGCUACGAAUGCUGCAAGCUCAAGUAA